CGACUUUAGUAUUUCUCUUGUUUGUCUUUCCUUUUCCCCUCUUUUCCUCUACUUGUCUUUGCUGUUUCUGAAAUCUCGCCUUAACUUCUUUCCUCCGCCACCCACCUGCGGCUUAACCCCUUCAACCGCCGUCCGUACAUCCAGAUCCAAAACUGCCUCUUUUGAGUUCCCUGCCACCUCUUAUUUUUAUUUGGAAAAUCUCUGUAUUUUAUUUUAAUUUAUUUUUAAAAAAUUUUUUAAAAAUUAUUUUAUUAUUAUUUUUUAAUUCUCUUUUUAGGUGGGUUUUUUUGUGAUUUAUUUCAACCUGAGGGGUUGUUGAGUAAUUUCAUUUAGUUGGACAUUUUCGUUCACUUCUCGAUAAAGUUGAUUUGACAGUUCUACCCAAACGAGAAGUGUGAAGAAAAAAAUCAAGUAUCGUAUUUGACGUUUUUGCCCCUUUGUUAACGACGAGUUAACGGUCUUAACCUUAUUCUUACGUGGCAUGAUUUAAAGGCUUUUUUUUUUUUUGAAAAAAAUGAAUCAUCACCCUCGUAGGAUUAUGACACCUGGAAUCUCAAGAAAGCGCAAAGAGAGAGAAGCUUUUAAUUCCUUUAAACCGUCAAUUCCGGUUCAACCCUCGGUUUAUACCGGUUCAAAAUCUCCGUCUUCACCUAAUUGUUCGAACCGGCUUUUAGCUGGCUACAUGGCGCAUGAGUUCUUGACGAGGGGAACAUUGUUUGGUAAAAAAUUUGAUCCGGCUCGAGCAGAGGCGAUUCCGUUGAUUGGCUCAUUGGCUGAACCGAGAAAGCCAGUUAAGCAGGAAAACGAACCGAAUCUUAAGAAAGAGAACCAAAGCUAUGCUGAGGUGGCAAGUAUUUUGAAGAACGACGGGGCCCACAUUCCCGGAAUUGUUAAUCCUACUCAGCUCGCCAGGUGGAUCCAGAUGUGAAAAUAAAUGAUGACGUGGCAAAUUGUGAUUGCUGAAAAUUCGCAUCCACGUAACUGAAAUGUGCACUCUCUUGCGUCUGAUUAUCCCUCUGUCUCUUUCAAGCUGGUGAGUCCAAAUCUCAUAGGUACUGACGACAAGAGAAUAAACCUAAUUUAUGUUUGAUUUCUUUUAUUAUAUUUUAUUUAAUUCGACCUUGAUGCUGUGUUGUCUUUUCUAAAUGUAAUAUAUUUGACUAUGUUUUAUAUACUUAUUUAAGUGUUUUGAUGGUAAAAUUUGCAUGAUUUUUGUGUAAAAAUGUAUUGGUCUGAUAUAGAAUAAAAAAUUAUAA